GGUCGGCGGCGGUGGCUGCCCCGAGGGACGCGACCCUAGGCGGUGGCGAUGGGGGCCGCCCGGAUCGCACCCGGCCUGGCGCUCCUGUUGUGCUGCCCCGUGCUCAGCUCCGCGUACGCACUGGUGGACGCGGACGACGUGUUCACCAAAGAGGAACAGAUCUUCCUGCUUCACCGAGCCCAGGCCCAGUGCGACAAACUGCUCAAGGAGGUCCAGCGGAGGCCAGCUGACAUAAUGGAGUCAGACAAGAAAUGGACAUCUGUGUCCACUUCAGGGAAGCCCAGAAAAGAGAAGGCAUCCGGGAAGCUCUAUGCCGAGUCCAAGGAGGACACGGAGCUGCCUGCAGGCAGCAGGCACCAAGGGCGCCCCUGCCUGCCGGAGUGGGACCACAUCCUGUGCUGGCCGCUGGGAGCUCCUGGCGAGGUGGUGGCCGUGCCUUGUCCUGACUACAUUUAUGACUUCAAUCACAAAGGUCACGCCUACCGACGCUGUGACCGCAAUGGCAGCUGGGAGCUGGUGCCAGGGCACAACCGGACGUGGGCCAACUACACCGAAUGCCUCAAAUUCAUGAGCAAUGAGACUCGUGAGCGGGAGGUGUUUGACCGCCUGGGCCUCAUCUACACUGUGGGCUACUCCAUGUCGCUGGCCUCCCUCACCGUAGCCGUACUCAUCCUGGCCUACUUCAGGCGGCUGCACUGCACACGCAACUACAUCCACAUGCACCUUUUCCUGUCCUUCAUGCUGCGUGCUGUGAGCAUCUUUGUCAAGGAUGCUGUGCUCUACUCCGGCUUCACGCUGGAUGAGGCCGAACGCCUUACCCAGGAGGAGCUGCGCCUCAUCGCCCAGGCGCCCCCGCCGCCUGCAGCCGCCGCUGCCGCAGGCUACGCGGGCUGCCGGGUGGCUGUGACCUUCUUCCUUUACUUCCUGGCCACCAACUACUACUGGAUUCUGGUGGAGGGGCUGUACCUGCACAGCCUCAUCUUCAUGGCCUUCUUCUCAGAGAAGAAGUACCUGUGGGGCUUCACGGUCUUCGGCUGGGGUCUGCCUGCCAUCUUUGUGGCUGUCUGGGUUAGUGUCAGAGCUACCCUGGCCAACACCGGGUGCUGGGACUUGAGCUCCGGCCACAAGAAGUGGAUCAUCCAGGUGCCCAUCCUGGCCUCUGUCGUGCUCAACUUCAUCCUCUUCCUCAACAUCGUCCGGGUGCUGGCCACGAAGCUGCGGGAGACCAACGCUGGCCGGUGUGACACACGGCAGCAGUACCGGAAGCUGCUGAAGUCUACGCUGGUGCUCAUGCCGCUCUUUGGUGUCCACUACACCGUCUUCAUGGCCAUGCCCUACACCGAGGUCUCAGGGACGCUCUGGCAGAUCCAGAUGCACUACGAGAUGCUCUUCAAUUCUUUCCAGGGAUUCUUUGUGGCCAUCAUAUACUGUUUCUGCAAUGGCGAGGUGCAGGCUGAGAUCAAGAAAUCCUGGAGCCGCUGGACACUGGCACUGGACUUCAAGCGCAAGGCACGCAGUGGGAGCAGCAGCUACAGCUAUGGACCCAUGGUGUCCCACACAAGCGUGACCAAUGUGGGCCCACGUACUGGGCUUGGCCUGUCCCUUAGCCCCCGUCUGCUGCCCGCCGCCACAGCCAAUGGCCACCCACAGCUGCCCGGCCAUGCCAAACCAGGUGUCCCAGCGCUUGAAGCCACACAACCUGCCAUGGCUGUUCCCAAGGACGAUGGAUUCCUCAAUGGCUCCUGUUCUGGCCUGGAUGAGGAACCCUCAGGGCCAGAGCGGCCGCCUGCACUGCUGCAGGAGGAGUGGGAGACGGUCAUGUGACCUGACAUCCAGGGCUGGACCUGCUGGUGUGGCAGGGGAUGGACAAGUGGACCAAAAGACACGUGGUUGGGUGGCUGCCAGCUCAGGGCUGUGGCCAGGAGAAAAAAUAAGAAAAAAGAAAAAAAAGGAAAAAAGAAAAAGGAA